AUGAGGUAUACUGUCGUCCUUCUAACAGAUAAGAGGUAUCCCUGUCCUGAGUGUGGGAAAUGUUUCAAUUUGAAAGGCAAUCUUAAUGAACCUCAGACUGUGUGGGACAGUGCCGCACCAUCGUAUUCCUCUUAUCCUGAGGAACCUCAGACUGUGACGGGCAGUGCUGUCCUUCCAACAAAUGAGAGGUUUUCUUGUGCUGAGUGCGGGAAGUGUUUUAAUUUUAAAGGCAAUCUUAAGAAGCAUAAAAGAUCUCACACAGGAGAGAAGCCGUAUUCCUGUCCUGAGUGCGGGAAAUGUUUUUCUCAGAAAUCCCAUCUUUCAGUACAUCAGAGAUCUCACACGGGGGAGAAGCCGUAUUGCUGUCCUAAAUGCGGAAAAUGUUUCGUACAGAUUUCAAAUCUUAUCAUACAUCAGAGAUCUCACACAGGGGAGAAGCCAUAUUCCUGUCCUGAGUGUGGAAAAUGUUUUGCACAGAAAUCAGUUCUUGUCACACAUCAAAGAACUCACACGGAGGAGAAGCCGUAUUCCUGUCCCGAGUGUGGGAAAUGCUUUUCACAGAGGUCACAUCUUGAUGGACAUCAAAGAACUCAUAUGGUUGAAAAGCCUCAUCUCUGUUCUGAGUGUGGUAAAUGUUUCUUAAAAAAAUCUGACCUUGUCACACAUCUGAAGUCUCAUACGGAGGAGAAGCCAUUUUCCUAUCCUGAGUGCGAGGAAUCUGUUGUACAAAAAUCUGAUCUUGUUACGGGUCAAAAGGCUCAUUCAGGGCAAAAGCCACAUUCCUGUCCUGAGUGCCGGAAAUGUUUUUCACUGAAGUCCAAUCUUCGCAGACAUCAGAGAUCUCACACGGUGGAGAAGCCACAUUCCUGUCCUGAGUGCGGAAAAAGUUUUUCACAGAAGUCCUAUCUUUACAGCCAUCAGAGAUGGCACUCAGGUGAGAAGCCUUUUUCCUGUUCUGAAUGCGGGAAAUGUUUUGUACAAAAAUCAGAUCUUGUCACACAUCAAAGGUGUCACUCGGGGGAAAAGCCGUAUUCCUGUCCUGAGUGCGGCAAAUGUUUUGCACAGAAGUGUUAUCUUUCCAUCCAUCAGAGAUCUCACACGGGGGAGAAGCCGUAUUCCUGUGCUGAGUGCGGCAAAUGUUUUUCAUUCAAGUCCAGUCUUUCUGCACACCAGAGAUGUCACACGGGGGAGAAGCCACUUUCCUGUCCUGAGUGAGGGAAAUGUUCCUCACCAAAGUCCUGUCUUCUUGUACAUCAGGGGUCCCACACUUUGAGGUGUAUUAAUGUCUUGAGUAUGGGAAAUGUCUUGUAUAUGAAUGUUGCUGGACAUGUGGGGAAGAAGCACACCCUGAUAUACACCUCAGAUAUACUC